ACGCAGCUCUGCAUGAUCACAUGCAGCGGUUAUAAUUGCGAGUUCUUACCCUGUGAGGCCAGUAAUCCGUGCGAGAAUGGUGCAGUGUGUGUGGAGGAGUUGGAUCAGGACCAUUUCCCUCUUGGUUUCCGCUGUCACUGUCGCCGUGGAUUCACUGGCCCCCGCUGUGAAAUCAAUGUGGAUGAGUGCAGCUCCAGCCCCUGCUUUCACGGUUUCUGCUACGAUGUUGUAGACGGAUUCUACUGCCUUUGCAAUCCUGGUUAUGCUGGGCUGAGAUGUGAGCAAGACAUUGAUGACUGCGUGAAUAGUUUGUGCAGCUCCGACUCGAUAUGUAGAGACCUCCAUCUGAGUUACGAGUGUGUGUGUCACUCAGGCUGGGAGGGGGAGUUCUGCCAACGAGAAAUUGAUGAAUGUUUAUCGCAGCCAUGCAAAAAUAACGCCACCUGCACAGACCUCCUUAACAACUACAAGUGUCUGUGCUCUCUGGGCUGGACAGGUGUGGACUGUGCAGAGGAUGUGGAUGAGUGUGAUUCUGGGCCCUGUCUAAAUGGAGCUCAGUGUCAGGAGUCAGAUGUACCUGGGGAGUUUUCCUGCACCUGUCCCCCCUUCUUCAGCGGCCCCUUGUGCAACCAUCCCUAUGACCCCUGUGACCCCCUUCACAAUCCCUGCCUGCACAACUCCACCUGCCUGACACGCUCCAAUGGAACAGCCUCCUGCAGAUGCCCAGCUGGUGAGUGA